UUCCUCUUCAUUUUUAAUUCCCUUACUACGAAGCCAAACCCUUAACCCCAAAAACACACACAAAAACUCCAAGUUCUUCCGAUCCUCAUAUAUCUAUGGCUACCCACAAGCUUAUGGAACAACAUCUCAUCAUUAUUUAGCUUCUUCAAUUUUGAAUAUAAUCCUCCGCCCAUAUAUAUAUAUAUAUCUUUUUUCCUCAACACAAUCAAUACAAAAACCAAAACCCUCUUUCAAAGAUUAUUCAAACCAUAUUUUGGAACACAAAUCUCAUUCCUUUUCUUCAAGAUUUCAAAAUGGAUGGAAUUACACCCCACAAUCGCCCUCUUCCUCCUCCUUUCCUCUCCAAAGAUCUCCAUCUUCACCAUGGAUUAUUCCACGCCCACCACCAAAACUCCGACGACGACCAUACCCCCGGACCUAAGAGAGACAGGGACUCCGACGACAACCCCACUAUGGACGACGACACCAAAGAAUUGUCCAAUUCUUCUUCUCGUCGCCCACGUGGCCGACCAGCCGGUUCCAAAAACAAGCCAAAGCCACCUAUUAUUAUCACUAGAGACAGCGCCAACGCCCUCAGAUCUCAUCUCAUCGAAAUCUCCACUGCCUCCGACAUCGUCGAUUCCCUCGCCACCUUCGCACGCCGUCGCCAGCGUGGUGUUUGUAUUCUUAGCGCCACUGGAACCGUCGCCAACGUCACUCUCCGCCAGCCCGCUUCCCCCGGCGCUGUCAUCACCUUACCCGGCAGAUUUGAAAUUCUCUCCCUCUCCGGCUCUUUCCUCCCACCCCCGGCUCCCCCAGCCGCCUCCGGCCUCACCGUUUACUUGGCUGGCGGGCAGGGGCAGGUCGUCGGUGGGAAUGUUAUCGGCCCACUUUCGGCAUCUGGACCGGUGAUUAUCAUGGCGGCUUCUUUUGGUAAUGCUGCGUAUGAGCGGUUACCUAUUGAUGAUGAGGAUGAAACUUCACCGGCGGCGGAUCAGAUGGCGGGACAACAGGCGGCAGCAGCAGCGCCGCCACCUCAAUUGUUGGGGGAUCCUAAUGGGGGAUUGUUUCAUGGUAUGGCGCAGAAUGCUGUGAAUUCUUCAUGUCAAUUGCCGGGGGAAGCGGCGGCGGCGUUUUGGGGAGGAGGUCGGCCACCGUAUUGAAAGUACAAUCUUUUGGGGUUUGAUGAGUUUUUUUUUCAUUUCAGCUUUAAUUAUUUUUAUCUUCGACUCUUUUAAUUUUACCAAAUAAUUAAUCUUCUCUUCUUUUUUUCUUUUUUCUUUUUUUUUUUUUUAACUUUUGGGGCUUAGUUUUUAUUAUUA